CAGCGUUUGUGCACACUCAGGCUGCAAGCCUCUCCAGCCAAAUGUCCAACUCUACCCCAGCUACAAGUCAAGUUACGCUGCACAUAUGGCCUCCACAUGAAAACACCCUCUCAUUCGAUACGUCAAGCGUCGCCGCCCUGUUCUACACCCAACUAGCCAUCCCGGGCCGGUUCUCUGUAGCGUACAGUGCCAACCCGGACUCGUCACCGAGUGGACAACUUCCCUACUUGACGCAUGGGCUGCAUCAUGCGACUACAUUUCCGUCGAUUGCAAAAUACGUCGCUCAGUUGCCCGACGCACGCGACUUGAAUGAGUCGUUGAGUACGAUGGAGAAAUCUCAGUUUGCGGCGCGAAUCGCACACAUACAGUCGGAAUAUGGGGACCUUGUCGCGCACAUGCUCUACUCGCUUCGGCUCAAUUGGUGGAAAGUGACAAGACCUGCAAUGGCGUCGAUGCUACCCGUACCGCAGCGCUAUUAUGUCCCGAGCCGUAUUCGCAACUCGUACCAGCCCCGGUUGGAGGCUGCAGAGCUGUGGGAUAUCCCCGGAAUCGAGCAGGAGGAAGAGGGAGACAGAUUAUCCACCUUGCGCGGGGAUAGGCGUAAGAAGAAGAAGGAAACGAAAGCGCAAAAGUUCAAACGGGUCUUCGAACGCGAGAAGGUCGUCGAGAAGGCUCGCGCCUUCCUCUCUGGCUAUGCUACCCUCCUUGGAGAGCGGCGGUAUUUCAAUCCGCACGCUGACAGCCCAUCGACAUUGGAUAUUGUCUUUGCUGCGCACACGCACAUCCUAAUGAGCGUGGCUUUCACGGACCCCCUACUCCAAAACCUACUCUCUGAAUCAUACCCGACCCUCGUUGCCCACGCCAACGCGGUACAAUCGGCCGCCUUCCCAGACGCGCAGCCAUUCCCACACACUGCUCCACUCGACUUGUCACUAUCUCUGAAGUCGCUCCUUCCCAGGCCAGCACUCCCUGUGUGGACGUGGUCGAAGCCGACAGAGACCGUGACAGAAGAGGAGAAACGGUUCAGGCUAGCGCGCUGGGGCUGGAUUGGUCUAGCAGUGACGAGCGUUGUGCUCUAUCUGGUCUUGAAUCCCGUGGUGGUCAUCGUGACUACGGACUCGGAAGGGGAACCUGAUGAAGAUGUUGAGGAGGAUGAGGAGGCCCGCGAAGAUGAGGAACCUGAAGAUGUGGAUGGUGAGGAACAUGAAGAGGACAGUUGAUGCGUAGUAUUGCGGGGGCGAUUUCUGGUAUCUAUGUGUUGUCUAUGUGUGAGAGAUUAUUUCUCUGCAGCAGAGUGAACGGUGCGCUACUAUAGGCGCCCGAUGCCUACGCAUGCCAAGGCCCAAGUGCCAGACGCGUCGACGCGUCCUGUAAAACGUCUGCUCAUGUGACGGCGUGAGCUCCGGCGGUGACGCCACCGAC